CACGACUGAAUCGGUUUCGCAGAACAACUCCAACAGCUUUCCCAGUUUGAAGGAACCACCGAAAUCACAAUCGUAGGGUUUUCUCGGAGCUUCCAGACGAAGCGGCUCUCUUCAUUCUCGCCGUUCAAGCUUCAAUUUCAUCCCAAAUGGUCGGUGAUUCGUCGUCUCCGUCGGAAUUGGCUGUCGAUUGAAGUUUCUCGAGACAGGUAAUUUAGUUGUGGCGGGCUAUCGAGAGAGCUGUUUGAGAUUCUAGGUGGCGAAUGUAGUGUGGUGGAUUAUGAAUGAUUGCUGCAAUGGAUUUGAAUGCCUCGCCAUUACCCGAAGAGGAUGAAGAGACUUAUGAUGAAUACAAUGCACAAGAAUACAGUGGGCAAGAAUACAGUGCACAAGUAUACAGUGCACCACAAGAACAUGUGGAAUCCGGAGUGGAUAUAUUACGUCGGGAGCGUGAAGAACGACGUAAGCGAAUGAAACGAGAACAUCCAGAUGACAGACCAGUGCCUGCAUAUCAACCCCCUGCAUAUGAAUCGUAUCAAGCAAAAUUUGCCAAUGUUGACAAAUCAAGGCUUCCUUCUGGUUGGUUGGAUUGCCCGUCAGCUGGUCAAGAAAUAAGUUGCAUGAUACCUUCGAAGGUGCCAUUGUCUGAAUCCUACAAUGAUUGUGUCCCUCCUGGUAAAAGAUACUCAUUUAAACAAGUCAUCCAUCAACAAAGAGUUCUGGGAAGAAAACUUGGUUUGGUGAUUGAUUUGACAAAUACAACUCGUUACUAUCAAACGACAGAUUUGAAGAAAGAGGGUAUUAAGCAUAUGAAGAUUCCGUGCAAGGGACGGGAUUCUGUACCUGACAACCCUUCUGUGAAUCAGUUUGUAUACGAGGUUAUGCAAUUCAUGACCCGACAGAAGCACACCAAGAAGUAUAUUCUUGUGCACUGUACUCAUGGGCACAACCGCACAGGGUAUAUGAUCAUCCAUUACCUAAUGCGCACGUCACCAAUUUCAGUCACUCAGGCCAUAAAAAUAUUUGCUGAAGCACGCCCUCCUGGAAUCUACAAACCCGACUAUAUUGAUGCAUUGUACUCAUUCUAUCACGAAAGGAAGCCUGAAGUGGUUGUAUGUCCAUCAACUCCUGAAUGGAAGAGAUCUUCUGAAUUUGAUCUUAAUGGCGAAGCAGUCGCAGACGACGACGAUGAUGAUGGAGGUCCAGCUGCUCCUUUGCAUGAGAAUCAGGAAACAGAUGGAGUAAUGACAAAUGAUGAUAUAUUGGGUGAUGAGAUACCUCGCGACCAGCAAGAGGCAAUGCGGCAGUUCUGUUAUCAGUCCCUUAAACUGCCUCCGAAAAGAGGAAAUGCACAAUUUCCAGGGUCGCACCCAGUUUCUCUUAGCAGGGACAACUUACAGCUGUUGAGGCAACGUUACUACUAUGCUACAUGGAAAGCUGAUGGAACAAGAUAUAUGAUGUUAAUAACCAUGGAUGGAUGUUUCUUGAUUGAUAGGAGUUUUAAUUUUAGAAGGGUGCAAAUGAGGUUUCCCUGCAAACACACAAAUGAUAUUUCAGCGGAGAAGGUUCACCACUUCACGUUAUUGGAUGGGGAGAUGGUAAUUGAUACUGUGCCAGAUUCACAGAAGCAGGAGAGAAGAUACCUUAUCUAUGAUAUGAUGGCGAUCAACCAUCUUUCUCUCAUAGAGCGGCCAUUUUAUGAGCGGUGGAAGAUGCUUGAAAAAGAGGUCAUAGAGCCUCGGAAUCAUGAGCGCCACAAUAUUUACCAAAGUAGGAAUCCUUACUAUAGAUAUGACUUAGAACCAUUCAGGGUAAGGAGGAAGGACUUUUGGUUGCUCUCUACAGUUACCAAGCUUUUGAAGGAAUUCAUUCCAAAGCUUUCACAUGAGGCCGAUGGUCUUAUUUUUCAGGGCUGGGAUGAUCCAUAUGUUCCCCGUACACAUGAAGGACUUCUAAAGUGGAAAUAUCCUGAAAUGAACUCGGUGGAUUUUCUGUUUGAGGCUGGGGAAGACGGUCGGCAACUGCUUUUUCUAUACGAACAUGGAAAGAAGAAACUAAUGGAAGGAAAUAGGGUCACAUUCAAAGAUGGUUCAGAGGACUCCUUUUAUUCUGGAAAAAUAGUAGAGUGUUCUUGGGACUCCGAAGCAAAUGUAUGGGUCUGUAUGCGUAUCAGGACUGAUAAAUCCACUCCCAAUGAAUUCAAUACCUACAGAAAGGUUAUGAAAAGCAUAAAGGAUAAUAUUACGGAGGACGUCUUGUUGGACGAGAUAUAUGAGAUCAUUCGUCUGCCUAUGUAUGCUGAUAGGAUUCGGAAUGAUAGCAAAGCAGCACAGCAUCUUGCACGACGAAGGUGACAAAGGGGAUGAUGCUGUUAAGGUUUCCCUUGACCCUGGUAGUGCAGGUCAUUGAAAGUUCUAUAUGCUUGAAGUUGGGGAUAUCAGCUGUUAAACCACAAGGGAUUUGUGUAACUAGCCAAGUUUAGCUAUAAGUUGUACCGAGUGCUGUGCUGGUGAGAUGUAUGAUGGGACUCACCAGAUAAGCCCUCGAGAUUAUUGUCAGAUUUAUUUUGGUUCUGAUAGUUGGUCAGAUGAAGAGGAGUAGGAUUAGUGUCGCCAUGUAUAUUUCUGAUGUUGAUUAUGAUUAUCAAGUUGUCUAAAAAAGUAGGCAUUUUUU